GGAAGAAAAAAAUGAAAUAUCUGAAAAUAUACAAACAGAAAACGACUCGAAUGUAUUACUUAUAAAUAAUCAAUUAGAAGAAACAUAUUCGAAAUCUAAUAAUGAAUUUGAAGAUACACAAACGUUAGAAAAUAAAUCGAAUACAGGAAAUAAGAAUUUAGAAAAAUGCAAUGCUGAACAAAUAAGCUCUAUUGAAACAGAUGAUUGUGUUAAAGAACAAAACAAAAUUUGGAAUAUAUCUGAAAUUGAAAAUAUCAAUUGUACAGAAGUAAUAAAUGUAACUGUUCGAAAUAAUAAUAGUAUGAACAAAACAGAAGAUAUUCAAUCAGAUUUAAUACUACAAACAGAUAAAUUAGAACCAGUAAAAGAAGCAAAUGAAGAAGAAAAUUCAACAGAAUUUUCUACUACUCUUAAUUUGAUUGAUCCAAAAACAAUAUCUAUUAAUACUGAAACUCUUGAUUCAACAUACACAGAGUCAAAUAUUACAAGCACAAUAACAUCGUCGGUUAUUUCAGAAGAAGACAUUUCUAAUAAUGAUAUUGAUCCUAAUUAUGUAGAAAAUUUAAUUGAAUCUAGUUUUAGUUCUAAAGAUAAUAUCACAGAAAAUUCAUUGGUCGAAAGUAGUCAUUCUUCAGAUAACAAUAAACCUUCAACAUUUACAGACACUGCGGAAUCUGCCAUGGAAACAUUGGAUGUAUCUGAAUUUAAAUCAAAGCCUGAUUGCAUACUUCCUGAUGAUCCGGAAGUAUUAGAUACUUGUGUAUUUCAAAUAGAAAAGAAUCAUUCUUCUAAAAAUAUUACCAUUUUAAACGAAUCUAUAGAAUCAGUGCAAAAUGUGAUCGAUAAAUCUGAUAAUAAAAUUGAUACAAUUUCUGAUUCUGACAAAAACGCAAUCAAUGAAUUUCAAGACACAAAUAAAAUGGAAGAAAAUGAUAAAAAUGAUGUGGAUACAGAGCAAAGUUCAUUUCAAGUACCUAUACAACAAAUUGAUGAAGUUUCAUUAAUAGAAACUGAUAAUAAAAAUAGUAAUUCUGAACAAUUAAUUAAAAUAGAAACUGAAAUUCAUGAAAUAAGAGAAGAAAAACAACAAAUUCAGGAUAUAUGUACAUUUGUAGAAGAUAUGGAUAAAGAUKAAAUUUMASMWAAAWUAWUGGAUGAUAAUAAGRCAUCCUUUUCUUUGGAAGAAGMUAAAAUAAUGGAUGAUAAUAAGRCAUCCUUUUCUUUGGAAGAAGAUAAAAUAAUGGAUGAUAAUAAGACAUCCUUUUCUUUGGAAGAAGAUAAAAUAAUGGAUGAUAAUAAGACAUCCUUUUCUUUGGAAGAAGAUAAAAUAAUGGAUGAUAAUAAGACAUCUUUUUCUUUGGAUGAAGAUAAAAUAAUGGAUGAUAAUAAGACAUCCUUUUCUUUGGAAGAAAAUAAAAUAAUGGAUGAUAAAAUAAUAGAUGACAAAAUAAUAGAUGAUAAAAUAAUGGAUGAUGAAAUAAUAGAUGAUAAAAUAAUAGAUGAUAAAAUAAUAUGUGAGACAAAUGAAGAAAAAGAUAUAGUGUCCCCAAAAUUAUUAGAUGACAGUAAGAAAUUAUCAUUUUCUCUCGAAGAAAAUAAAAUAAUAGAAGAUAAAAUAAUAAACGAGACAAGUGAAGAAAAUUGUGAUAUAGAAAAUACAUCCAACAUAGAUGACAUAAAAUAUAAUAAAAUUUUGAAGAAUAAUGAGCCUAUAGUUGAUAGAAAGGAAAACUUGGAAGAAGUUAAUAAUGAAGAUCAAAUAGAUCAAAGUAAAAAGAUAUUGGAAAAGGAAAUGGAUUUGAUUACAGAUAUGGAAAAAAUAGAUUUGUCUAUUACAGAAUGUACAUCUAAUAUCGACGAAAAUAUUACAACAGAAGAUAUAAAAGAAGUCAGUCAAGAACCGAAUGACAUACUAGAAUUGAAUGUUUCUACUUCUUUCAAAAGUACGAAUACUGAUUUUCAAAAUAUAUUACAAAAAGAAGAGAAGGAUGGAACUGUAGGAAUGCUAUUAUGCAAAACUAAUGAUCCUAUUUCUAUGUUAUCAGAAAGCUCUGUUUUAUUAAUGAAAAAAGAAAAUGAAGAAGAUAGUAUACAAAAUUCUAUUUCAGAAAAUAAUCUGAUAAAUAUUCUUGAUGAUACACCUAAAGUGACAGAUAUGUUUUCAGAAGAACAAUGCCCAAAUACUCAAGAUAUUGUGGAAAGUAUUUUAGAUAAUGUAACGGAUGUAGCUGAUCUUAAACAUCUUUUAAGUCCUGAAAAUAAUACAAGAAAUGGAAGUGACGAUGAUCUUCAGCAAUCUGUGGAAUUAGCAACAGUGGAAAAUGAAGAUAAAGAAUUAGUUGAAAAAUUGUCUGAAGUAUCAUCUGAUAUAUUGAAUAAAGAAAUAGAAGAUCCAAUAGAAGCAUCGAACUUAGACUCACUGGAAGAAUUAUUAGAUCUUGAUUUAAUACCUGAAAGUGAAGAAGUAGCAAUGAAAGAUGAAAAAGUAGACAAAAUACAAGAACAAGUAGAAACAAUAGAUAAAAAUGUAAAUAUAGCACUUUUCCUUCAGCAGCCUGAAGAAGUAUCAUCUAUACCAGAAAAUUCAGAUUAUAUAGAUCACGUUAUUAAUAAUUGUUUAACGGAUGGAAAUGAUGUAUCAUUGGAAGAAACAACUGAUAAAAUAAAUAUUAAAGAAUGUGACCAAGAUAAAGAAAAUGUAGAAUGUAAACCAAAAGAAUUAUUGAACAUCAAUGAUAAUACAAUAACUGCUUCUUUAAAUAAACAUUCAGAUGAUAUAAAUUUACAAAAACAACUGGAUGUAGAUAAUUCUUUACAAGAUAAUAAUCUUAAUAUGGAUUAUGUUGGAAAUUCAGUGGAAUCUGUAGAACAUUUAGGAGAAGAAACUUCUAAAUUAGAAAUUUCGCAAGAUAUCCUUUUAGAAAAUAUAAAUGAAGAUGAAGAACAUCUGAAUGGGAUUUCUCUUGAUAUAGACAGCAAUCAGGCCGCUCCAGAUAUUUCAGAAUUAGAAUCUGCUGUAAAAUUUUUACAAGAGUCAGAAGAACAAACAGUAGAUUCUCCUUUACAAUUUUCUCCAAAAAUGGUAGAAAAUGUUGUUAAUGAUAUAUCAAAACAAACAAACUCAAAUAUUUUUGUACAGGAUGAAGACAUGUGUAAUGAUACUUCUGAAUUGGUAGUUGAAUUACAAGAAAUUACUUCUGAUUCUAUUUCUAUAUCCGAAGCUGAGAUUAUAUCAGAAGCCGCAAAAUUAGAAAAUGAACGGAAACUUGCUGAACAAAUUAAAGUAAAUACUUGUAUAUCUAAUAUUGAAGAAAAUGAAUUGAAAGAAGAUGAUUUGAAAGAAAAUGAAUUGAAGGAAGAUGAUUUGAAAAAAAAUGAAUUGAAAGAAAAUCAAGAAAAAAUAGAGAAUGUUCCUUCAACAAUUGGUACUUAUUUUAACACAACUACAGAUAAAGUAUCUAAUAGACAAAUAUUGUCUAGUGUAACUGCACCCAGUACAAGCUCUGCAAAUUCAAAAAUAACAGAUAGAAUGGCUAUAGUAGCAGAGUCUAUUCCUAAAAUUUCAAUUUUAGAAGAACGUUUGAGAGAACCACCAAAAAUAGAAAUUCCUACAACAGACAUAACAAAGAUGUGUGAAACAUUAACAGGUACAAAAGACAGUCUUCUAAUACCAAAAGAUGCAAAAUUGUCGGCCUAUCAAAAAAUGUUAGAAUCACCAAAAUCAGUUGAUAACAGAGAAUCAAAAAUUGUAGAAACACCUAAAAAAGAAGUGGAAAGACAUGAUUUUGAAAAUGUUGGAUCUCCAAGAAUAAUACUAAAGAUUGCUAAAUCUGCAAUUGCAGAAUGUGCUGAACCGAGAUCACCCAAAAGUCCAAAAAUUCGAUCGGCAACUAAUUCACCAAAUCCGGAAGAUAGUCCAGGUCAAAAAUUAGGGAAAAUUAAAUUAAAGCUUUCAAAAGGUGGACAUCCUUCUAUAAUAUCAAAUGAGAAUGUUGAAGAUGUCAGUCAAUGGCAUACUGAGAGUGCAUCAUCAUUAUCUCCUAUUGGUAUGAAAAUUAAAUUAUCAAAGACAGGAGAUGCUUCAAUUUUACCAACUGAAAAAUACGAAUCUAUGGAUGAUAUAAAAGAAAUAAAGCAUAAAUUUGAAGAAAUUAAAAGAACAGAAUCUCCGUUAGGAAUGAAAAUCAAAUUAUCCAAAACUGGUGAUGCUUCCAUUGUGCAACAAGAUUCAAAAGAUAUUACAACAAAAUAUAAAGAAAAAUUAGAUGUUAUGCAGGGAAGCCCAAAAAGAACAGAUUCACCCAUAGGAAUGAAAAUUAAACUUUUAAAAACUGGAGAUGCAUCCAUUGUACAACCGGAAAAACAAGAAAUAUUUGAAGAUCAUAAAGAUGGAAAAUUAAAAGAAAAAGCAGAUAUUAUUUCUGAUCCACCAAAAAGAACUGAAUCUCCAAUUGGAAUGAAAUUGAAAUUAUCAAAGAGUGGAGAUGUAUCUAUUGUAUCCCCUGAUUUAAUAGAUGAAGGAAAAGAUAUAAUAGGAAAAUCGAAAGACAGACAUGAAGCUUCUCCAGAAAUUCCUAAACGUACAGAUUCUCCAAUUGGAAUGAAAAUUAAAUUAUCGAAAAUAAAAGGUGGGGCAUCUAUAAUUUCCAUAGAUAAUAAUCCGGAAGAAAUAAAAGAAAAAGUAGAUAUUUCUGAUAUACCAAAACGAACAGAAUCUCCUUUUGGAAUGAAAAUAAAAUUAUCAAAAAGUGGAGAUGCAUCUAUUAUACAUUCAGAAGUUUCAGAUGACAUGCAAGAAAUUAAACAAAAAGAAAAAGUAGAUGUGUCCCAAGAUACAACAAAAUGUGCAGAAAUUCCAUGUGGAAUGAAGAUUAAAAUGAUGAAAUAUGUAGAAACAUCUGUGGGUAUACCAGAAUUGAUAGAUCAACAUGAAAGUAGUCAUGAUGCAUCUCAAAAAACAGAAUCUAUCGGUAUGAAAAUCAAAUUUUCAAAAUCUGGAGAUGCAUCAAUAGUUCCUCCUGAUAAGCAAGAACAAGUAGAUGAUCAUAAGAGCAAAGAAACAUUACAAGACUUACCUAAGCAAACAGAAUCUCCAAUUGGAAUGAAGAUUAAACUUUCAAAAACAGGAGAUGCUUCUAUAAUACAAAAAGAAGUAAUAGAUAAUAAUACCAACAAAAUUAUCAACAAAUCUGAUAUAGAAUAUCAAAAAAAUUGUGAUAUUUCUGCAUGUGGGAAAACGAAAACAUCAAAAACUAUUGAUGCUUCUUUAUUAACAGAUUCUGAGAAAAGAGAGAAACAGCCAAAACGGAAAGAAAUUGAAUCUCCGUUAGAAAUGAAAAUAAAAUUAUCGAAAACUGGACAUCCAACAAUUGUAUCUUGUGAAACUCAUGCUGAUUCUGCUCUUAAAUCUAAAGAUACUUUAGAAACUACGCAUAGUUGUGCUCAUAGAUAUAAAGAGUCUGUGUUACACAAAGACUCACCACUGAAAAUCCUUAAAACUGGACAUUCAACAAUUAUGCAAAGUACUCGUUCUGAAUUAACUAUUGAACCGGUACAAAUACAAGGAAUAAAAAUGGAAAAUUCUAUUGAAUUGUCUUCUAAGCGAAAAGAUAUAACAAUAUCACCAAUUGAGGUAAAAAAAUCAAAAUUAGAAACGCAGUUGUCACAAAUUCUACCAGAAGUUACUAUUCAACCGGUUAUAUCUAGAGAUCAAAAGCAAUUAUUAUUUGAUCCAAAAACAAGUUUAAUUAGUCGUCAACAAAUGAAUGUCAUAAGCCAAGAAAUCAGUAUUACACAAGUAAGACCAUCUAAACAAGUAGAUGUUUCUAUGAGCGACAAGCUAAAGGAUAUGUUAAGUAAAAAUGUUGCUAGUUCUCCAAUUGGUUCAGAUUGUGAAAUAAUUGAACACAGGCCUGAAUUAAUAAUUGUUAAUGAAAAUUCCAACUCUAGUCAAGAUGUUAUGAUAAUAGAAGAAGUUCCAGCAAUUCGAAUGCCUGAAGUUAAAAUGCCCAAAAAACGAGGUAGACCACGUAGAAAUCCACUACCACCACUCAUACAUACUCCAACGCAGAUAUUAAUACCUCGAGAUCCAUUAGCUUUGGAUGAUGUACCACAAGUUGUUCAAUUGGAACACAGAGAAAAUGAAAGACCUAGGAGAACAUGUAGAAAUCAAAAAAGUUAUGCGCCACCUAAAAGAGGACGUGGUAGAGGUCGUGGAAAGAGAAAGUUAGACAAUCCAGAUCUUCCACUUAGUAAGAAAUCCAGAGUGGAACAAGAUUUGAGUGCAAUAGAAGCUUCUACAAUGGCUAUAAUCACUUUAGAUGAAUCUUCAAAACAAGAACAGGCUUUAAGAAAAUCAUCUGAAUUAUAUAAAGCUCUUAAACAACCCCCUAUAGAUAUUAAAAGUAUAAACCCUAUGUGUAAAAUUGAAAAACAAUCUUUGUUAACAGUUCGAAAAGAUGGUGUAAAACAAAUGGAUAUUCCCAAAAUUACGAUUUUAGAUUCCAAUGUUAAUACUCAAUUAGAAUCUGUUAUGGGAUCAAGUAUGGAAGAAGAAAAAAUAUUAGUAAAAUCCACAAUGGGAUCAACAUUAUUAGAUUGCAAAGGUAAUAAAAAAGAAUUGGCAAAUAUAAUGCCUAAAAAAGAACAGAAAACUACAGAAAAGACUCUUACUGAUAAAAUUAUUGAAAAAGCAGUGGAAAAUGCAAGAUCUACUGGACAUGAAAGUAAGGAAAUGCUUAUACCUCCUGGACAUCCUAAUUGGCUAACACCAACAUCAAAAAGACAAACAGAAGCUACAUCCAAAAAUGAACCAGUGCCUUCUUUACAAGUUAUCGAUGAAGAAACAAGAAUGAGUGCAGAGUCUAAUUCAAGAUCUCAAACACCGGCAAGAAAUAUAUCAACACAAGCAUCUGAAACAAUAAUUAAUGAAGAGUCUCAGGGAAGCGUACUUAGUACAGCAACUACUGAAUCUGAGAAAGUCAAAGUAAAGAAUCGAAGAAUGGAAAUUAAUUUUGAUCCUGAUGAAGGUCCCUUUACUGUUGAUAAAAUAGCAGAAUAUGAAUGGCCUCUAGAUCGUAAAGGAGAAACAUUUAUGAUACAAGAACAAAUAUCACAGUAUUUAGGCGUGAAGUCAUUUAAAAGAAAAUAUCCAGAUUUAAAGCGUAGAAUGGUUGAUAUGGAGGAGAGAAAUUAUUUAAGAGAAAAUGGGUUAGUUAGCGAAGCAAUGUGUGAUAUGGGUUUAACAGCAGUUUGCAGUUCAGAAGUAUUAGAUGUAAUGUGUAGCGAUUUUCCUGAUCAAUAUGAGGAGUAUCGAAAACAUAUGCGAGAAAAACAAGUUAAAGAACAUUCUAAAAAGCAGAAAGAAUUAACAGCAGCAGCAAAUGCUGAAAGAAACAGAAUAGAUUUAGCAGAAAUGGCAAUACAGUCUGCUUUGUCAUGGAAUAUUAGUUUAAAUAAAUCUCGUAAAGAAAACAGAAAAUGCAGUUUAGAUUUGCAGACUUUCACUAUUCAUGUGCCAAAGAAACACCAUAAGCUUGAUACAGAUCGAAAGAUAAGUCAUUAUCCUGUAGCUUUGAUACCAGGUCAAUAUACUGAUUAUUACCGAGAAUACACACCUGCUGAAUUGAGAUAUUAUCCACUUAACACCGUUUUGUAUGGUCCUAUGCGACCAAACGAACGUAAGUUUGAUAGUCAAUCAGAAGGAUCACAAAGUGAUAGUGAUAGUGAUUCUUCAACUGACGAUUCAAGUUCUACCUCCAGUGAAGGAACACAAGAUACAGAAGGGUCUCAAUCAACAAUGGACGAUGUAGAUAUGGAAAUAAGUAACCAAAAGGAAGAAACUAAAUUGAAAUGUAAAAUGUGCUUAAAAAUGUUAAAUAAAAAUGGCAAAAAUGAAGUAUUAAUACAAUGUGGGACUUGUAAUGGAAAUGUUCAUCCAUCAUGUAUAGAAUUAACAUUGGAUAUGGUUCCGCAUAUUCAAUCUUAUGCAUGGCAGUGUACCGAUUGUAAAACAUGCGCUCAAUGUCAUGAUCCAGCAGAUGAAGAUAAAAUGUUAUUUUGUGAUAUGUGUGAUCGUGGAUAUCACAUAUAUUGUGUUGGUCUUCGACGAGUACCGGUUGGAAGAUGGCACUGUCAAGAAUGUGCUGUAUGUGCAAAUUGUGGUUCAAAGGAACCUGGAGGUGCUAAUUCUGAUAGAAACAGUGUAGCACAAUGGCAACAUGAAUAUAAGAAGGGUGAUAAAAAUACUCGUGUUUAUGUUUCCACAUUGUGUGUUCCAUGCUCAAAGCUAUGGCGAAAGGGUCGCUAUUGCCCACACUGCAGUCGCUGUCAUACUGCCUCAAGACUCGACCUGGAGGCAAAUCUAGUACAUUGCAGCGCAUGUGAUAAAUAUCUGCAUUUAGGUUGCGUGGAGACCAAAGGACUGGGAUUUGAUAAAAAGAAUUAUUUAUGCGAUUUCUGUGCUCCAAAUCGACAACCAUUAAUAAAGCCUUUAGUAUCAAAAGUAUUCAAGACAUGAAAAUAUCAUUUCUUUAUGUAAGUUAUCUUUUUUUUUCAUAUAUGAAGAAUAAACCUUGCAUUUCAAGCAUCAAACUAUAUUUGUUGGCAAUAUGUAAUAAUGAAAAGUUCUCAUUUUUAUUCUCUAUUCAAUUUCUUAUAUUUGAUGAAAAAGCUAAAUGUAUAUAUUUAUGCGUUUGUAAGUUAUAUACUCUAUUUGUAAAAAUUUUUUAUUUUAUUGUAGAAUAACAUGUACUUUUACUUAUCAAACUUGUAUAUUCAUUAAAAUUGAUCCAUGAUAAUAUCAAAUAACGAACUAUGUUCUCUAUAAAAUGAUUAAGGAGCACCACUAGUGUGACCGCCUGAAAAAAAGGUGAUGUUUGGGAAUUCUUUUAAAACAUUUUGUUGAUAUAUAAUUAACAAAUCAACACAUUAUAAAAUAAUAUAAUUUUCUGUGCAAAAUAGCUAUUAAAUUGAAAGAAUUACUCUCAUUUAGUUAAGAAUGUUAGAUUUUAUAAAUAAGUGAUAUGUAGUUUGAAAAUAUUCUUUAUGGUUAAUAGAAUUAUAAAUUAUAUUAUUAAAACAUUUUCAUAGACUGCAUGUAGUCAUUAAACCUAGUUUUACAAUAAUGCAAUAUUAGCAUUUUUAUUCUGAAAUUAUAAGGUGCUAUUGUGAGAUAUAUCAUUAUU